AAGAAAUCUAUGUAGGGCUAGCUAGGCCUUAUGAACUUUCGAUCUUUCUCGCUACGUUGAGCAUUACAACCGGCAUAGUUGGUUGCGUGAGCUAAUAAUUUUAUUUUGUCAAUUACCCAGUUAAUAAGAAUUAAAGGUUGUGUUGAAGAAUAAAUCAAAAUGGCAUCAUCAGCUGAUGAAAUCGAUGACUCUCUGUACAGUCGGCAGCGUUAUAUGCUGGGAGAUAAAGCCAUGAAAAAAAUGGCUCAUUCCAAUGUUUUCUUGAGUGGCUUAGGUGGUCUUGGCAUAGAAAUAGCCAAGAACAUAGUCCUCGCUGGUGUAAAGUCUCUGACAGUUCAUGAUAUCAAAGCAGCGGCAUGGAAAGAUCUUGGAACGCAGUUCUUUCUUAAGGAAGCUGAUGUGCAGAGUGGCCGCAAUAGGGCGGAAGCUAGCAUCGCUGCUCUGGCUGAACUUAACCCAAAUGUGGCGGUGAAGGUAAUAACUGAUGACUUGUUUGCGAACUCAGAUUUGUCAUUCUUAAGCAACUACCAAUGUGUUAUCCUGACUGAAACAUCCUUGGCAACACAAAUUAAGGUCAAUGAGUUCUGUCGGGGGAAGAACCCAGCAAUACAGUUCAUUUCAGGAGAUGUAUACGGUGUGUUCAGCUACGUGUUCUGUGACUUUGGAGACAACUUUGAAGUGGCUGAUUUGGAUGGUGAGGAAGCCAGAGAGUCAUUUGUUGCUACAGUUUCCAAGGCAAACCCUGGUAUAGUGACUUGUCUUGACAAUCGAAUGCACAAAUUUGAUGAUGGCGACUACAUCACAUUUAAAGAAGUCAACGGUAUGGACAAACUGAAUGGCGAAAUUCAUCAAAUCAAAGUGGUGACCCCAUAUGCAUAUAGUAUAUGUGAUACCAGUGGUGAUGAAUACAAACCCCAUACUGAUGGUGGGAUAGCCAAGCAGGUCAAAGUACCAGUGAUAAAGAAAUUUGAAUCCUUAGCCCAGCAAAUUUUGAAACCCAGUACAAUGAUGUUAGAUUUCUUGAAAGAUCCGAUGGCUGAUCACCUGGCAAUUGUUGCGUUACUCAACUUCCAGGACAAACACAGCCGAUUACCCCGUAUCAGGGAUGAAGGUGAUGCUGCUGAGUUAGUAUCACUUGCAGAAGAAGUUAAUUCCUCACUUGUGAACAAGCAGAAUUCAUUGGACACUGAAGCAAUCAAGGCACUGGCCUACACGGCUCAGGGGUGCUUCUCACCACUCACUGCUUUUCUUGGGGGCGUGAUCGCUCAAGAAAUCCUCAAAGCAGUCACUUCUAAAUAUACUCCACUUGACCAAUGGGUAGGUUCAAAUGUCAAUGUCAUAGGUUAUUUUAUCAAUUUGUACCAUAUCACAAUCACGGACAAUGAUCUGAUCGAAAAGUCUAAUUUGAAUCGCCAAUUCCUCUUCAGACCAAAGCAUAUCCAGAAACCAAAAUCAACAACGGGAGCUGAAUCUGCCAAGAGCAUUAAUUCAGACUUGAAAAUUGUCGCUCAUCAAAACAAAGUGUGUCCGGAGACAGAGAAGGAGUUUUUCAAUGAUAAGUUUUUUGAAUCCAUGGAUUUAGUCGUGAAUGCUUUGGACAAUGUUGAAGCCCGACGAUAUAUGGACAGCCGUUGUGUAGCCAACCAACGGACCUUACUUGAGUCAGGAACUAUGGGUGCCAAAGGUCACGUACAGGUCAUCGUUGCAAAUAUGACUGAAUCAUAUGGAAGCCAGCAGGACCCGGUAGAUGAAGAUGUUCCUUACUGCACACUGAAGUCAUUUCCAGCAACCAUUGAGCAUACAAUACAGUGGGCUAGAGAUAAGUUUGCUAGUUUCUUCUCUAUCAAACCAACAACAUUCAACAAAUUUUGGAUAGAAAAUGGUAAUGCAGUAACUGUUCUACAGAAACUAGAAGCAGGAGAACAACCUGAAGGGGUUAUACAAGUGGUUAAAUUUCUGGGAUAUCGACCAACAAAUUGGAAUGAAUGCAUCGCUACUGGCAGGAAAAAGUUUGAAAAAUAUUUCAAUCACAAGGCACGAACUCUUCUGCAUAUAUUUCCUAGGGAUAGUUUGCUGCAGGACGGAACACCUUUCUGGCAGUCACCCAAGCGGCCACCAACACCGCAAGUUUUCGAUGAGACAAAUGAUUUACAUACAUCAUUUGUGAUAAGCGUUGCUCGUCUUUGUGCAUUCAUAAGUAAUAUUCCUGUCUCUGGCCAAGAUUUGGAACAUACCAACGUGAUUAGCAUUAUCCGAUCAGUACAAGUACCAGAAUUCAUUCCAAAGUCAAAGACCAUAAUUGUCCCGGCAAUAGCAACCACGACAGCUGCCGUUUCUGGCUUGGUGACACUUGAACUGGUUAAAGUUGUUAAGGCAGCCCCAAUAGAGCAUUACAAGAAUUGUUUCAUGAAUCUAGGACUGCCUUUGAUCAUGUUCUCUGAGCCUGGCCAAGCUAUGGCGACACAAAUCAAACCUGGUUUGAAAUUCACAUGCUGGGAUAGGUGGACUGUCAAAGGAAACAAAGAUUUUACUUUACAAGAUUUCGCCAAUCAUUUUAAGAGCUUGUAUAACCUAGACCUGUCGAUGUUAGUCCAUGGUGUGCGUAUGGUGUACGUACCCAUCAUGCCUGGACAUAUGAAGAGACUACCACAAACAAUGCUCAGCUUAUUAAAGCCUGCCAGUGGUGACGAGUAUUUUGAUCUUGUCGUUGGAUUUGAACCACCAAAUGAAGACGACGAAGAAGACUUAACAGCUCCUCCAGUCAGAUACUAUUUUGGCGUUUAACCUUUUUCUCCAACCACAUAAAAGACAGGGAGUGCAUUCCCAAUGAAGGGAAUUCAGCAUUUAAUUUUUGAGUUUUUUUUGUUUCUUUCAAUCAAAUGAUAAUAAUGUUUACAUUGUGCAAUUUAAGAAGGGGAAAUACAGGAUGAAAUAUUCAAAAUCCUUUUUAAUCUAAUCUGGCACAGAUUGAUAUUUAUGUACUGUAAACAGUUGAUGAAAUGAUAAGUCUACAUCAAACAAAGCUUCACAUACGUACACAGUUAGCUUUUCAUUUGUGCUGCCGUUGUGUAUACUCAUGUGGAAAGUUUAAAUGUGAUAAAUAUAGUAGUAAUAUACGACUGUCAAGGCUAUUCGUUAUUUUUAACCAGAUGGUACUGCCUUGGCCAUUGUGUCGGGAGAGGUGUUGGCAUGUUCACCCAUUAGUUAGCCUUACAAUAUCAUGAAUGCUCAUGCAAAUUAGUAGAAAACAACUCCUUUCCUGGUGUGCCAUCCCAUGAAAUAAAACUGUUUUAAGCCUGCUACACGUUGAACCUUGGUCACCUAAAAAUGUAUGUAGAAAAUAGUAGCAAUAGUUCAUGUGUACACCUGUCAUUUCAUAGUCUAUAUACAGUGACAUAAUAAUAUAUGCACCACAAUGUUUUAGUAUCAGAAAAUGGUUGCAAUUAGAGCGUCCUGUACUGAUCCAACUAACUUAACAACUCAGAGCCACUAUAUAUUAUAUAUUUCUGAUCUAUAUAAUAAGAAUAAUUAUAGUUUUUUACUACUUUGAUUUAAUAUAAAUUUUGUGGAAACAAAAUUUUUUUUGUCAGUGGUACAUCUAAAAGGAUAAAAGUGUAAUGAAACCAGCAGUGGAUUUGAGAACCUUACCACUGUGUUACAUAGUUUUCUUGAGACAAAAAUUACUGAAAUAUUUCAAUGCAAAGUAUUAUGCAAUUGAUUUGGAUUUUCUUUAGAAUUUUAUGGCUAAGGGUACUGAACAAAUUUAAGUUUUAAAUUUGAAGAGGAUGAAAAUAAUCACGUACAAGUUAUUCCAAAAAUUGUCUAUGAAGUUUGUUUUUGCUAAUUUAGUUAAGAUGAACAUUUUUAUAUUUCUGUUGGCUUGUAUUAAAAUAAUUCAUGAAUAAUUCAUGAUUCUGUACCUGUUUUAAACAGGUAUAUAGCUCUUCAAUCCAUAAUGUCUGUCAGGUAGCUUGAAGUUGAUGUAUACAUGUUCCCACAAAUAAAAUUACAAAAAUUGUUGGCCACAAAUAAACAUACUAGCUAAGCAGCUUUUGUUUUUGUCUUGUUUAUUUGAAAAUACAGUUGUAUCACUUUCACUAAUAUCUAUCUAUAUUGAUUAUUAUAUAAUUUUAUGUACCUACUACAACCAUAUAGCCUAUGUACAAAAUGGUGCUCUUGUAUUGUUAAAUUAAAUGAAGAAUUAUACAGUAAUUGCAUUAUACUUUAAUUUUACAACUGGGUUUAAAACAUUUGUAACUUGCAUAAAUUAAAUUUUUAAACUUUAAAUUAUACACACAUUCAUCUACAAUAUAGGUUGUUACUUAUUCAAAACCUAUGACUGCUCCAUAAAAAAAUGUUUAUAAACAAUAUUUACACUUAAGUAUCUUGCUUACAUU